AUGAAGCCCUCAAACAAAAGCCGGCGCAACGCGGGCGGGCUUCCCCCCACUGGCAGGCCCGCACACAGCAUGUCCAACCCGGAGGGUCGGUCCAGCAGUAGCAUGGCCCCUGUCCCACAGCUGGACUUGAGGCAGGCAGCGGAGGGAGCGCGUGCCGCGGAAGGUGGUCAGCUAGUCUACGGGCCUCUCCCCAGUGCCAUGGAUACCACCCGAAGCCAGCACUUCGCAAACUGCAGCGACUGCAUGCUGCCUUGCAAGAUCUUUUUGGGCCUUAGUGCACCCAAAGAGACCAAACCCCUCCCACCAAUACGUUCCUCAUCGAAGCAGUCGUGCCCUCCUCAGCGACACACUGGACCAGAGACUGGCGGUUCGUCCCGGUCAGGCCGCAGUGUGUCCAUUGGUCACUCCAUGGGUCGCACUGUCGCCAGUGUCCAGAGACAGGCAAGCCAGGCUAGGCCUGCGCUUAUGGCUACACGCCCACCUGGAGCCUCUGCUAAUGUAGGAGACAGCACCAUUGCGCAGCCUUCGCAAGCUACUUACUUUAACCAGACCCGGCAGGGCAUGAAUUACCCGCUGGUAAGACCAGCAGCGUCAUUAUUUAGACCAGAUGUUGGCCCUGUAAUAACUCCACUGUGUGGGGGUCAAGUGGCCAACCCAAUGGUCGCAGCAGUGCAGGCCACGAAUGGGGUCACCGCCUCUGGCGCCUUCCCGCCCUACCCUACAACAGGCCCACGGCUGUCGUCAUCGCAUUCACCAGCUGCAGCAACGGCGGGGGCCGCGGCUUCUGCUCAAUUUGCUGCGGCAUAUGCACAGUACACGGCGCAACGCAACCGUGGGGGGCAAAUGGAGAUUUUUAUGGGCCCCAGUGGAGAGAUUUACCAGAGGGCUCCAGCUGUUGGCAGCAACAGGGAUACUGCGGCACCCAUACUCAUGCAGCCGGCAGGCCUGUGCAGGACCGCGUCAGCUGCUAGCGUUGACCGCUCACGCAGUCUGUCUAAGGCACCUAUGCCAGUAGUUAUAGUCCCCGGGCGCUCGCAGAGCGUGGCGCCACCUGUUCCGCCGGUGCAGACAGCAGCUCUAGUUGGUCGUGAUGGUGUAUUUGAGAAGACAGGAAUGACUAAUGCCACACGUGGGGCGUCGGAGAGAAAGAGUGGAGGAAGGUUAAAUGAGGACCAGCCGCCUCUUGAGCUUGAUGCUUCUCUAAGAGACGUCCUUGACGGGCAGAUGCUUUCAUCUCGAUCCCGACGCUUGGCCAUGGAACUUAAGGCCGCGCGAGAGCAAUGCAAAACAAUUCAGGAGGGCUUUAAAGAAGAAAAUACCCAAUUAAAAGAAGAGAAUGAACGACUCGUCUCUAUAGUCAGGUCAAUCCAGAAGAGGGUAGAAAGCCUGCAGAACCAGCUGGCUGCCUCCAGGAAGACGUCAGGUGGCGGAGAGGCUCUGGUAGACGUGUGCUCUGGGCUAAUUACAGAUAUCCUGGACUCCCGCUCUGGUUGGAGAGUGGUGAAAGACUCUUCAUCUGUAGAAGGUGAACGUGGCAGCCGCAUGGAGAAAGAUAUGGGUCCUUCAAUGCCUCAGCUCAUCGCAAAAUCGGAGCAGCAGGGGAUGGAAUCGCAACACUCUCACCCUGCUGUGAACGAUCGUGAGAGCCUCGGGAAUGGUUCCGAGACUCUCGAAAAUCGCUCAAAGAUAGAAAAAACUUCAUAUGAAAAUGCACAGCACAAGCUUGCAAGCAAAGAUAUAUUAUCUGACCCUCGUUCACUGUCUAAAAGCAAUUCUGUGCUGGGGGAACCUGCGUCAGCGACACAGUUUGCUACAACGGCGGGACCCCAUACAGAAGCGCCAGAAGUUGGCCGAGACGCAGGCCAACCCGGAUAUAAGAAACAGUCUGCAGAAUCCCAGAACAAGACUCGAACAGAGAACGACAAAGCAAGCAUCAACACGGCAACCACAGGACAGGACGAACCGACCAACAUAACAGUGUUUCGCGAACCCGAACGAAAGGGCGAACACGAAGCACAACAGGCAGGUACCACAAAUGCGGGUAGACAGGAAACUCAGAAAGAAGCACGAGACACCAAUGAGAAGAUAGCUCAUAUCAGAUACGCGGAAGCUGCACCAGCUGCGGAAUCCGGCACGGCACCUGCACCAGCGGUGCUUGAUGAAACGUCGACGGAAUUAUUGCCGAGGGCGGGAGCGGAGCCUGGCGCGAAGGCGGCGGCGGAAGCGGGUUUGAAGCCAGGGGAGGGCGAGUCAGCGGCGAAGGCAGCAGAAGGCGCCGAUGCGAAGAGCGUGUCUGGCGUCGAUGCGAAGGGUGGACCUGUUGCGUCGUCGAAGGCGGGUCCUGGGCCUGCGUUGCUUGCGAAGAAGUCGAUGGGAGUGUUGCCAAAGAAGGCAGCGGAGCCUGUUGCGAAGGCGGCGGUGGAAGCGGGU